GGGGCGGCUCUGCCGGGAUGGGACCUUGAGAAGGUGGAGGCGGUGAGUUUGCGGCCGAAGGAGCGCGGCUGCGGUCUGCCUGCGGGGGCUGGGGGCGCCCGCCAUGGAGCCGGUGACCAAGUGGAGCCCGAAGCAAGUGGUGGAUUGGACUAAAGGCCUGGAUGAUUGCCUGCAGCAGUAUGUCCAUAAAUUUGAACGGGAGAAGAUAAAUGGUGAACAGCUGUUACAGAUCUCUCACCAAGACCUUGAAGACUUGGGUAUCUCACGGAUUGGACACCAGGAACUGGUUCUAGAGGCUGUGGAUCUCCUGUGUGCACUGAACUAUGGCCUUGAAACAGACAAUAUGAAGAACCUUGUUCUCAAGCUGCGAGCAUCAUCCAACAAUCUGCAAAAUUACAUCAGCAGCCAUAGGAAAAGUUCAAAUUAUGAUGGAAAUACCUCUCGCAAGCCCCCCAAUGAAUUCCUUACUUCUGUGGUAGAGCUUAUUGGUGCUGCUAAAGCCUUGCUUGCGUGGUUGGACAGGACCCCAUUUACAGGUAUUGCUGACUUUUCAUCAAUGAAGAACAGAAUCAUUCAGCUCUGCUUGGAUCUCACUACUACUGUUCAGAAGGACUGCACUGUGGCUGACAUGGAAGAUAAAGUUCAAACUGUAGCCAAGACUUUAAAUUGCAUUUGUGAUAAAGCCAUCCGAUCAACUACAGAUCCACUGAUGAGCCAAUGUGCAUGUCUGGAGGAGGUUCACCUAACCAACAUUAAACCUGGGGAAGGCCUGGGAAUGUACAUCAAAUCAACUUAUGAUGGAUUACAUGUAAUUACCGGAACUACGGAAAAUUCCCCUGCUGAUCGAUCUCAGAAGAUUCAUGCUGGUGAUGAAGUGAUCCAGGUUAAUCGGCAAACUGUGGUUGGAUGGCAGCUAAAAAACCUGGUGGCCAAGUUGCGAGAGAAUCCUGCUGGAGUUAGGCUGCUACUUAAGAAACGUCCUACUGGCUCAUUCCAUUUCACUCCUGCUCCACUAAAGAACCUGCGCUGGAAACCACCCUUGGUGCAGACCAAUCCUCUGCCAACUUCAACACAGUCAUCAGAGAGCACCAUGGAUAUCUCAAUGAAAAAAGAGAAGCCAGCGAUUUUGGAUCUGUACAUACCACCUCCACCAGCUGUUCCGUAUUCUCCUCGAGAUGAAAAGGGGAGUUUUGUAUACGGAGGAGGCAAUAAACCCAGUCAGCCGUUACGUGGGUCCAAGGGUGCAGAGUCUCCCAAUUCUUUUUUGGAUCAGGAGAGUCGAAGGCGAAGGUUUACUAUUGCUGAUUCAGAUCAGUUGCCUGGGUAUCCCAUAGAAGCAAAUAUCCUACCAGCCAAGAUGAGGGAAAAAACACAAUCUUAUGGAAAACCACGUCCUUUGUCAAUGCCUGCUGAUGGGAGCUGGAUAGGAGCUGCAGAACCAUUUUAUAGGCCACGAGCACCAGGGAGAAAAGGCAAGCUUUUAGGUGAAGAUGUCCUCUGCAGGUACUUCAGUAAUGAAAGGAUACCUCCAAUCAUUGAAGAAAGCCCCUCUGCACAGCACCCGCUCUCGAGGCCAGUGUCUGAUAAGCAGUUAGUGAGGGGAACAGAUUAUGUUCGAGGCAGCAGGUGUUUUAUGAAUACAGACCUCCACAACAGUGCAACAAUUCCUUUUCAAGAGGAAGGCGCUAAAAAAUCCUCUGUUACGUCGUCCACAAAAUCUUCCUCUACAGAGCCCUCACUGCUGGUCAGUUGGAUCACAAGACUGAAACUGUUGACUCAUUGACUAUUGUUCACAAGACUGUUACCAAGUGCCUUUGCUCAUCAGACUUCUCUACUUUUCAGCUUAAAUGAUGCAUAGUGGCUAAUGUGGUAUUCUUUUCCUGGAGAAUUUUACAUUUUUGCCUUUUUGUGAUUUUUUUUAAUGGAUCAGAGAGUUUAAUAAUGCAAGGAGGGAAGGAAGAUAGCUUUCCUUUUAUUGCCCAAAAGCUGAGGGCAUUUAUUCCUCUGGAAAUAAGUAAAAUUUCAAAGAGAGAGAGGCCACGUAUGGCCUGACAUCUGCAUAAUGGCAUUGAGGAAACCAUUGCUUUACCAUACAGCCCAGUGGCACUUCAGUUGUCUGAGUGCUCUGAGGCUGGUGUCACUGGCUGACUGAAAGAAUAUGUAGAGCUCCACAACAAUUGUGACCAGGGAACAUAAGCAGAGAAAUAGCAGUUUUGUGCAAGUUAGCGAUGCUGUUGCUAGUGCUGCACGAGGUUCAGCCUUGUAAGGAAGAAGUACCAGUGUUGCCGUUCUUUCUCUGAUAGUCAGAGAACUGGAAGUGUUAGGGGAGGGAGUUCUCUUAUUCAGAGAUCUUGGGAAGUUGGAUUAAUUUAAUUAGAAAUCCAUUCAAUCUGAUAUAUAAUCAACGACAUGCCAAGAAAAUGCAUCUGUACAGGUGGUAAAAGAAAUAUAUAUUUUUUUCCUUAAUUGUUUAAGAAUGAUUUGCUGUUAACCAAAGUAAGCUUUUAAAUACAGUUCUGUUGGACUUAGAGCUUUUACAAUGGUUCAGUUUUUGAAUGAUGUGUUGUUUUUAUGAAAAAAUAUGUGCUAUGAUACAUUACAAUUGUAAGAUGUCUUGCUAUUUUCUAUAUAGCUCAAAUUUUUCCCCCUCUAGGAUUUUUAAGUAGCAUUGGGUAUUUUGGGAGGAAAAUAAAACUUCUUUAACAAAACAAGAGGAUACUAAAGAGGUAUUGUUUAAAACUGAAUGUACAUAAGAUUGUUAGUAUGCAAUGCAAACAGUUGGGUUUAAUUUAAAAGUUAAAUAUAGUUGUAUAUUUUUUACACUUUUAACAGAUACAGUUUGUACCUUUGUCUGUGGUACUGGAUACAAAUUAGCUGAAUGAAAAGAAUCUCUUUUAUAUUCCUUGCUAAUUGUAAGACUAUUUUCUUAGAUAAUGCAUUGUGAACGGUCCUUAAUCCUUUGGUCUUGCUAAAGAAAAGAAGAAUAAUUUGUGUUUAAUAACCAAUGGGGAAGGAGGGAGGUUGAAUGUUAGUUUGCACUUUGGAGUGGGGCAGAAGUCAUAUGUGAUAACAGAAGUGUUAAACAUACCCUAAUUCUGGCUGUGAAGCUGUGACCAUUCUGCUGCAACAGGUUAACAAAGUUUUGCCACAGUCUUGCAGAGGCACAGGGUGUUAAAUUCAGCUUUCAAUUAUGUUUGAUUCUGAUAGGUGAUUAGUAGGUGGGGGCUGGUUUGGAUGUUCUUAAUCAAAACAGAUUAUAUCGCCAUGGUGUGCCACUUUUCUCCAUCCUCCUCAGAUACCACUCCAGUACAGAUGUAGCCAAGCACAGCUGCAGUGAAGUUGAAUCUUAAAAUAGUCAGGUGCAGCCUCUGAGAAGAGGACUGAAAUUGUCAUGACUGUUGUGGUAUAGUCCAUCCCCAAAUUGGCUGAAGUGUCUUAAUUUAAUCCACUUCAAUAACUUCAAAUCAAUUGAAGUUGGAGAUAUUAUCUAAACAAUGCUUUAAAAUAGGGUUUUUUGGCUUGUCUUUAAUGUCCUGUUUUCCAUGGUUUAAAAAUAAUUGGAGAAGUAUACGCUUCAGUGUAUGCAUUCAUGCACAGUGAUGUGGAAGAAUCUAUGGAUGCACAUGGUUUCUUUGGGUUGUAUCCUGCCUGGGACAUGCUGUAACACACUGUUCCAUUAGGCUGUUCCAUUAGGCUGUCUUGGUUGAACAGAAGUGAAAUGAGCUUGUGCUAGUUUAACAAGUCAGUUUAAAUCACUGCAGCUACGGAGAAAGGAAUUUGUAAGCAUUUAGGCAGUGUGACACUUCAUCUGUCUUGUUGCCUAAAUAUAAGCUAACACCUGUACCCUCCUCUGUCCCAUCGUGUCCCCCCCAUCCCCUCCCCCAAAAAAGAAAGACAACCAGCAAGCCAACAAAUCCAACUAACUGAUGUCUUCAUGCUCCAGUGUCUGACCCGUGCUGAGUUAAGGUACUGAAUUUAACCUUUUGUCUGUCAAUCAUAAAGAUGUCUAGUAGUUGAUAUUGCAGGAAGAGAGUUGCCUGGCUUCUAAGAACAGUGGAAACAGGUGCUUUUCUGGAAUUUACCAGAAAUGGUAUUGCAGUUUCACAGAACGAUUGAGGUUGGGGAGGACCUCUGGAGGUCAUCUGGUCCAACACACCUACUCAGGUAGGGCCACCUGCCCAGGACUAUGUCUUUUGAAUAUUUCCAAGGAUGGAAACUCCACAACUGCUCAGGGCAAUCUUUGCCAGCGCUCAGUCACACUUAGAGUAAAAAAAAAGUGUUUCCUGGUUUUCAGAGGGAAGCUCCUGUGUUUCCGUUUGUGCACAUUACUUCUGAUCUUGUCAGUGGGCAUCACUGACAAAAGCCUGUCUUCUUGGGAUCCUCCCUUCAGAUGUUUGUGCACAUCUCAGAGUUCUUCUCUUUUUCAGGCUGAAAAGCCCCAGCUAUCUCAGCCCUUUUUUUUGUAGGAGAGGCGCACCAGUCUCUUCAUUGUCUUUGAAUUAUCUUCAGUCUGUACAUGUCUUUUGUACUAGGGAUCUCAGAGCUCAACACAGUACUCCAGAUAUGGCUCCAUGAGUGCUGAGUAAAGGAAAAGGAUGGCCUCUCUCAACCUGCUGGCAAUACUUUUAAUGCAGCAGAGUUUCCACUGUAAAUUAGCCAAGAUCAUUGAAAAGUCAUGCAAAAAGACAAAUAACAUGUUUUUUCUUGCCCCUUUUGAGAUUUAUUCAUCAUUAUUGAUGGUACUUUGGCCAUUGGAGUGUAUGUAUGCAGAAAAAAUAUGGCAGAACAUGAUAUACCCUUUUUUGUUACAAAACUCACAUCCUUACUACUGUGAAAUUAGUGUGCCCCAGUAAGCUACUGUGACUUCUAAAUACUUGUCUGCAGCACUGCCUGCUGCUUGGUGUAUGCUGCAAACCUUUUUAUGUAAUGUGUGGUAUGUAUGAGUCUUUCUCCGGGAAGCUAGUAUUUUAUUGGCCUCAGCAGAGAGAUUUUUCCCCUCUAAUUAUCAGAUAGAAAAGCUCCAUUAUCUGUUCUCAAUAGUAAUAGCUAUUUAGGAUUGCAGUAUAAAUCGUAGGUAUUUAAUGCAUGCAGUCUUCCCUCACACCUCUACCUUUUAACUUUUUAAUGCAGUGACUUCGCUUAUAAGGAACAAGCUGUUUAACACUGACCUAAAAGGUGGCCAUAUCCGUUUUUUGAAACAUGAGGAGAUAAAUGCAGUUGAAAGACUUACAGAAGCACACUCUAUUCUUUCUAAUAUAUAUAAACUAAAGCUUUUGCUUCCUGUGCUGGUGAUGUUGAUUACUAAAAAGCAAAUGCAUAAAGGAAAUGUACAAGAACAAUAAGAUAGAUUGCUGUAACUUUAAAUACUUGAUAAGGUGAAUUAAACACUAGGCCACUUUUCCUUUUGUCUAUGUAGUUCUCUAACAUGUAAUUUGACCUUCCAAAUGUCUGCAUUUGUUUAAAAACCUGAUCUAAUCUUGCUAUGCAGGAUAUAGUCAAGGUAUUCGCUGCAAUAUUCUCCUCUAAAAUAAAAUUUUAUAAACUACUGUGGGGGUUUAUGGUUCUGCUCUCAUUCACUCUAGAAAUCUUGAUUCAAAGUGAGAAUGAAUUCUAAUUAACUCAUUUUUUUCCUCUUCCUGAGAGAAGGGAAGGAGGAGGGGAAUAUCUGUGGAAGACAUGAUCAUAAAUUACAUUGAGUCUGAGGAGAAGUAACAGUCCUCUCUCUUCCUGCAUGGAGAAGGGAAGUGAUCUGAAGAACUUGUGGAAUGUUGUAAGUCCAUAGCCACACGCAGCUGAGGUAUUUUGAGCGAGGGCCACUGCUCCGUAGCCACCCUCUGAUCAAGAUAAUUGUUCUUGGCCAGUGCAGGCAACCCUAGCAGAAGGAACCUCAUCUCUUGAAGUACUUUAUGGUAGCUGCUUUGCUUAUGUGUGUCAGACCAAAGCCAUUUUCCUCCAUCCUGUGGAGUUGGUUUUAUGUGGCUCUGAGAGGUGACUACUAAGCAAAAUUGUUCUUGGCUCAGGUAUGCACAGAUUAAUGUCCAAAUGAUUUCUUUACCAAAGGAGGUACGUAGCUCUUAAUUAUUUUUCUUUAUAUUUAUAACAAUGUUAGUAAUACUAGAAAGGCCUUUCCAAGAGAACUGAAGGAGUAGAUGGGGGAGUCGGGCUUUGAUUUGGAGAUGGGCUUGGUGGUGUGUAGAGAACCAGUGUGCUAUUGCUGCUAGA